UUCCAGAGCUUAGUGGAGCCGUGGAGACGCUUCCACGCGAAUCUCGCACUCCCACUCGUCUUCCUCGUCCCUCUCUUCAUCUCUUCGUUACCUUACCUCUCUCGUUCACUCGCUCGCACGCUCGAUUCAGGUCUCUUCGUCUUCUUCACGCUGCGUUUCGAAACCCAAAUCCCUAAAGGUUUGAUUUUGAGAUUAUGGCCAAAGCUAGGAGAACAAGACGCAGGCUUCCUUCCCGACGCUUGAGGGCUAGAGCAAGACCAUACAAAUUUCCAUCUUCUAAUCGGCGUGUGGGAAGGAACAUGUUUGCAGAUGAUUGUUCAAAGUGUCUAGAGAAGAGGGACUGGGAGAAUGUUAUAUGCUCGGUUUGCAUGGAGUGUCCACACAACGCUGUUCUUCUCCUCUGCUCAUCCCAUGACAAGGGAUGUCGUCCUUACAUGUGUGGAACCAGUUUCCGAUAUUCCAAUUGCUUAGAUCAGUACAAGAAAGCCUCAGCUAAGCUAAAGUCAUCGAGCCAUCAACAGAUCAAUAAAUCUGAGCUUGGAAAUCUGACAUGUCCACUUUGUCGAGGCCAGGUGAAAGGUUGGACAAUUGUACAGCCUGCUCGUGACUUUUUAAAUCUUAAGAAGAGGAUCUGUAUGCAGGAGAACUGUGUUUUUGCUGGAACGUUCAAAGAGCUGAGGAAACACAUGAAAAUGGACCACCCUAGUGCAAAGCCGCGUGAAGUGGAUCCUGAUGUGGAGCAGAAUUGGAGAAGGCUUGAGAUUGAGCAUGACCGAGAUGAUGUUAUGAGCACGAUUAGGUCGACUAUGCCUGGUACAGUGGUGUUUGGGGAUUACGUGAUAGAAAGGACCAACACUGAUGGUUCAGAUUCAGAUGAGGGUGAUGGUCAUGGUCUUGGUGGGAUCGAUGCUGUACUUGGUAGGAAUCUUGUGAAUGUCUUCCUUUUGUUGCACGCUAUUGGGGCACCAGGGAAUCAUCAAUCAAGGCGCUCUGAUUCAGAUCCGAAUGACUCGACAACAAUCAACCACGGAACAAGUGAGAUGAAUUUCUCUGGAGAAGAGGAGCAAGAAGAGGAGGAGGAGAGGCAUAGUAACAGUAACUCUUUGGCAAAUCGAAUGAGGCGACAAGGACGCAUUCUGCUGGGACGUUCAGGUAGAAGACGUAGAGAUAGAGAAGCUAACCAGAACACAGGUCAUCCUCCUAGAUGAGAGAUUUACACGGAUUCAAAACAAAACCCAUUUGUCUGAUUCUGGGUUCCAGGUAAGUUUUAUGGUAAUGGUUAGUAGGUACAAAUGUAGUUUCGUUAAGUUUCAAAACAAACACACACAAAAAAAAAAAAAAGAAGGCUUUUGGCCUUUCUGCUUUCACCAUUGGAGAAUUUGGGGAUUUGACUCCAAUUUGUUUUCAUGUGCUCUUUUAAUGGCCAGAGAAGCAAGCAGGCUUGCAAUCCCAUUUCUUUUCAUUGUAUUCUGAUGUAACUCUUUCUGGGUAGAAGAUGAUAUUCACAUAAUAUCUAUCUAUCCUUUUGUGAAUAAGCAUAAUUAGUGAUAAUGACCAAAUGAAGUCUGUUCACAAAUUAUGAAUGGUGGAUCAUGUUUCCUUGUGUUUAUAAGUUCCAUCAGUAUGUUAUGCUUUU